AUGGGCGUCUCUACCACCCGGCGCCGGAGCGCGCGGGCGGCGUGGGCCUGGUGCGAUCGGCCCUGGCCUUCGAGCUCAGCGCCUGCUUCGAGUACGCGCCCGGAGCUCCCGAGCUGCCCUCGCACGUCCGCUGGCAGGGCCGCCGUUUCGCCCUCACCAUGGACCUGGCCCCGCUUCUGCUCGCCGCCCCGCCGCGCUGAGCGGCGGACGGGAGGGCAGCCGCAGGCGCCGCGAGCCCCGCUGCACCCCCGCAGGGAGCGUCGCUGCGCACGCGCCACCCAGGCAGCGCGCGGCCGAGUGCGCGUGCGCAGCGGAGGAGCGCCGCGGCCCCGCCCCGCCCGGCGCUGUCCGAGGUGCUGCCGCGGCGCGAGCCCCGGCGUGGGGAGGGGCGGGGUCACGGGCGCCCUCCUCCCUCCGCACGCCCCCGGCCUGGGGCGUCCUUGGCGUUGUCUCGGUUCGGCAGGCGCUCGCGACGGCAGACCCGGGCGGCCGCGUGGGAGGUGCGGGGGCUCCAGUGCGCGAGCGCGAGGGGCGCCCGCCCCUCCCCCGCCCGGCGCUGCUCGGUGGGCCGGGGUUCGGCGGGGGAGCCGCGCCGCGGGAGCGUCAGGAGGGCAUGGCCAGAGGCUGGACGAGACUAUGCCUGUGUCUGGUGGCUCCCCUGAGACCAGUUGUGCCCAUGUCCUCCAUCAAGUCACAACAGGGACAGGCCUGCCAACCUGUGUUUCAGGAGGCGCAUCCCAUCGGGGCCGGAUUGUAGGAAGGCUGCUGAGAAGGCUGCCGCCCCGUGGCCUGCGGCCGGUCCCGCGGGAGAUGGCCGCAGGGGAGCCCGCACUGCUGCUGCUGUCGCUGCUGUCACUGACGGGCCUCCCGCCUCGCGUUGCCGGCUGCCCCGCCGCCUGCCGCUGCUACAGCGCCACGGUGGAGUGCGGCGCCCUGCGGCUGCGCGUGGUCCCGCCCGGAAUCCCACCCGGGACGCAGACGCUGUUCCUGCAGGACAACAACAUCGCGCGCCUGGAGCCGGGCGUCCUGGCGCCCCUCGCCUCCCUCCGCCGUCUCUACUUGCACAACAACAGCCUCCGCGCCCUGGAGCCAGACGCCUUCCGCGCGCAGUCACGCCUGCUGGAGCUGGCGCUCACCGGCAACAGGCUGCGCGGCUUGCGUGUCGGCGCUUUCGCCGGCCUGGCCCAACUGCGCGUGCUCUACCUGGCUGGCAACCAGCUGGUACAGCUGCUGGAUUUCACCUUCCUACACUUGCAGCGACUGCAGGAGCUGCACCUGCAGGAAAACAGCAUUGAGCUGCUGGAGGGCCAGGCCCUGGCCGGACUCUCCUCAUUGGCACUGCUGGACCUCAGCAGGAACCAGCUGGGCACCAUCAGCCGGGAGGCCCUGCAGCCCCUGGCCAGCCUGCAGGUCCUGCGCCUCACAGACAAUCCAUGGCGCUGUGACUGUGCCCUGCACUGGUUGGGGGCCUGGAUCAAGGAGGGGGGCCAGCGACUGCUCAGCUCCAGGGACAAGAAGAUCACGUGUGCAGAGCCCCCCCGCCUAGCACUUCAGAGUCUCCUGGAAGUAUCUGGCAACAGCCUCAUCUGCAUCCCACCCUCCGUGCACGUGGAGCCGCUGGAGGUGACAGCCAACCUGGGUGAGGACCUGCGGGUUGCCUGCCAGGCUUCUGGCUACCCGCAGCCCCUGGUGACCUGGAGAAAGGUGGUGCAGCCUCGCGAGGGACCGCCGCGGGCCCAGGCUCAACCGCAAGGCAGGGCGCGGGGCCCAGGCGGGCCCGGGGCCUCCGACACCGGCAGCGGCAUGCUCUUCCUCACCAACAUCACCCUGGCCCACGCCGGCAAGUACGAGUGCGAGGCUUCCAACGCCGGCGGCGCCGCCCGCGUGCCCUUCCAGCUCCUGGUCAACCUGUCGCAGCCGCAACAGCUGGCGCCCGCGCCGCCCCCGGCCGGCGGCCCAGUCAGCCACGAGCGCCUGCCCGAGGCGGGCAGCAUGGCCUUCCGCGCUCUGGGCCUGGCCGCGCAGACGGCCGUCGCGGCGGCCAUCGCGCUGCUGGCGCUCACGGCGCUCUUGCUGGCGACCCUGAUCUGCCGCCGGCGGCGCAGGCGCAAAAAGGCGCCGGGGCCUCCCGGGGAGGGCGCGCUCUUCGUCAACGACUAUUCGGACGGGCCCUGCACCUUCGCGCAGCUCGAGGAGCUCCGCGACGAGCGCGGCCACGAGAUGUUCGUCAUCGACCGCUCCAAGCCGCUGUUCGCCGAGGGCCCGGCGGAGGCCGCCGAGGGCGCGGCGCCCGGAAGCUCGCAGGGGCUCCCGCUGCAGCCGCCCGCCGCCUACGAGAUCCACUGCUGAGGGGCGGGGCGGGGCGCGGCGGGCGCGCGCUGAUGACGUGGGCCCCGCGGGUUGGCCGGCCCGGCUCGCCCCGCGCAUGCUCCAGCGCGGCCAGUAAAGGGUGGAAGCUGCG